CAGAGGGACGUUGUGAAGUGCUGCUCUCUUCCUUCCUGUUUGCCUUUGCCUGGCGUCUGGGUCACUCAUGCAGUCCAGGGUGAUAUGGCUCAGCAGUGGCGGGGGUGCUUGUGGGGCUACCGGGGCGGCCAGGAGGGUCCGGCUCCUGCUGCAGCAGGUAGCGGCGCGGGGACGACCAGCCGCUGGUGGAGAAGGGGGGCGUGUGCUGCGGUAUCAUGCUCGGACAUUGCACGGCGGGGCCGGGACGGCCGAAGGUGAUACAGUUACCAUUGGUGAUGUUUCAUACAAACUCAAAACUCCAAGGAAUCCAGAACUUGUUCCAGUGAAUUACACUUCAGACACUCUGGCUCAAUCUGUAAUUCAGCAUCUAAGAUGGAUUAUGCAAAAGGAUCUUUUGGGCCAAGACGUCUUCCUAAUAGGACCCCCCGGGCCUCUUCGGCGAUCUAUUGCCAUGCAGUACUUGGAGUUGACUAAGCGAGAGGUAGAAUACAUUGCACUCUCCAGAGACACAACAGAAACGGAUCUCAAACAGCGGAGAGAAAUUCGAGCUGGCACUGCUUACUACAUUGAUCAGUGUGCAGUACGUGCAGCUACAGAAGGCAGAAUUCUGGUUCUGGAAGGCUUGGAGAAGGCUGAGCGGAAUGUUUUACCAGUGUUGAACAAUUUGCUGGAGAACAGAGAAAUGCAACUUGAAGAUGGCCGUUUCCUUAUGUCAGCGGAACGUUAUGACACACUCCUGAAGGAGCAUAAUAAAGCAGAGCUGGAUGCAUGGAAGAUUGUUAGAGUCAGUGAAAACUUCAGAGUGAUUGCACUAGGCCUUCCUGUACCCCGAUAUUUGGGUAACCCAUUAGACCCACCUCUUCGGUCUAGAUUUCAAGCAAGAGAUGUUUAUUAUCUACCCUUUAAGGACCAUCUUGCACUAUUAUAUUUUAUUGGAUCUAAUGUUUCAACCGAGAGGAUUUCUCAGCUUCUCUCCUUUGCAACAACUCUUUGCACCCAAGAAUCCUCUUCACUGGGCCUUCCUGAUUUUCCUUUAGAUAGUUUAUCAUCUGCUGUGCAGAUUCUGAACUCCUUCCCUAUGAUGUCAAUCCAGCAUAUAAUCAAGCGCCUUUAUCCAUAUGAUGUUCUGUUGGGGAAGGAAGGCAAGACAGCAGUAGAAGAUGCCUUAAAAAGAUUUGAGCUCCAGGAUUCAGAAAGACCUUCUGUACCUAUGAGAGUUGUCCAUGUGAAAAAGAGUGAGGACAACAAGACCUUGCAGGCUGAUGUGACAGUCCAGAUAGCUGGCAAAGAUGUGACAUUCCAGGUUCCUGUUGGGACUAAACCAGUAGAUCUGCAUGCUGGGCCCGAGGGUUUCAUAAAGACCUCCAGCCACGAACAGCUUUUGGCAGAAAUGAUGCAGUCACAUAUGGUUAAAGAUAUCUGUUUGAUUGGAGGAAAAGGUUGUGGCAAAACGGUUGUUGCUAAGGAGUUUGCAUCUGUAUUAGGAUACAACACAGAACCUGUCAUGCUGUAUCAGGAUAUGACAGCCCGAGAUCUGCUGCAGCAAAGGUACACACUCCCUAAUGGGGACACUUCCUGGAGACCAUCUCCGCUUAUAACAGCUGCCCUUGAAGGGAAGCUUGUUAUUCUUGAUGGUAUUCACCGUGUCAACCCAGGCACUCUAGCUGUCCUCCAAAGACUAAUUCAUGAUAGAGACAUCACUCUUUAUGAUGGCACCAGAUUUCUCAGGGAAGAUAGAUACAGAACAUUACAAGAAGAGCUACAGCUCUCAGAUGAGAUACUACAGCAAAGGUCCAUCUUUCCCAUCCACCCUUCCUUCAGAAUAAUUGCCUUAGCAGAGCCUCCUGUCAUAGGAAGUACCACUCAACAGUGGCUGGGCCCAGAGCUCUUAACCCUGUUCCUUUUCCAUCAUAUGAAGCCUCUAAGCAAGAGUGAAGAAAUCAAAGUUAUUAAAGGCAUGGUUCCAAAUGUACCCAGUGCUGCAGUGGAACAGCUAUUGAAACUAACUUACAAACUUCGUGAGACACAUGAUCCCACAGCACAAUCACUAGCAUCAUCGUUGUCUACACGGCAGCUGUUAAGAAUCUGUCGACGACUGUCCCACUACCCAGAUGAAAGCCUUUAUGAUGCUAUCAAUAAAGCUUGUCUUUCCAGAUUUUUACCCAACCUUGCAAGAUCUGCUUUACAUAAACAUCUGCUGGACUCUGGAAUUGAAACAAGUGCUGCUGAUACUCAGAAAAUGGAGGAAAAGGACUAUAGUUGUGAGGUAAACGCAGGAAUCCUGAGGAUUGGAAGUGUCACCAUCCCAGUUCACAACCCCUAUGAGAAAAUGAAAGUGCCUGAUGUUCUCUUUUAUGAAAACACCCAGCACAUGAUGGUGAUGGAAUAUAUGCUUAAGGAUUUCUUGCUUGGAGAGCACCUUCUCCUGGUUGGCAAUCAGGGUGUAGGGAAAAACAAGGUGGUUGACAGAUUCCUUCACCUGUUAAAUAGGCCAAGAGAAUAUUUGCAACUGCAUAGGGACACCACUGUUCAAAGUCUUACAUUGCAGCCUUCUGUUAAAGAUGGCCAUAUUGUAUAUGAAGAUUCUCCACUAGUGAAAGCUGUCAAGAUGGGACAUAUACUAGUUAUUGAUGAAGCAGACAAGGCACCAACAAAUGUUACUUGCAUUUUAAAAACUUUAGUGGAAAGUGGAGAAAUGAUUUUAUCGGAUGGAAGGCGUUUGAUUGCCAAUCCUGCUAGUGUAAAUGGGAGAGAAAAUGUUAUAGUAAUUCAUCCAGAUUUCAGGAUGAUGGUUUUAGCAAACAGACCUGGAUUUCCCUUUUUGGGUAAUGACUUUUUUGGAACACUAGGAGAUAUUUUUAGCUGUCAUGCAGUUGAUAAUCCUAAACCAAACUCAGAGCUUGCAAUGCUUCGACAAUAUGGGCCUGAAGUUCCUGAGCCAGUCUUGCAGAAAUUGGUUGCUGCUUUUGGUGAGCUUAGAAGCUUGGCCGACCAGGGAAUUAUCAAUUAUCCUUAUUCAACUAGAGAAGUUGUCAAUAUAGUAAAACAUUUACAGAAAUUCCCAACAGAAGGACUUGCAAAUGUUGUUCGGAAUGUCUUUGAUUUUGACUCAUACAACAAUGAUAUGCGUGAGAUUUUAAUUAGGACUUUGCAUAAACAUGGGAUACCAAUUGGAGCAAAAUCUACCAGUAUACAGCUGGCCAAGGAGUUGCCAUUACCAGAUCCAAAAUUUAUGGGCUACUGGAAAGUCAACCAGUUGGGCAAUGCACGACGGAAACUUUUGUGCCCAACUGAAACACAUCGCAUAGAUGUAAAGGGUCCAAUGUUCUUACAUGUGCAGGCAUUUCCACUAGAGAGACAUGAAGCUAGGUCCCUGAGUUUUACAGAAGAACUUGCGUUUUGGUCGUUGCCUCUGAGUGAAGUUAAUUUAGUAUGUGAUAUUGCUGUGGCACAAGAGAAUGAAGAUGAAAAUUGUCUUUAUGUGGCUACAUGCAACCCUGUGUCACUGUAUUUUAUGGAUACAUCUAGUAAAAAUGGCCACUAUGUUGACUUGUAUGAUAUCUUCCCAAGAACAGUUAGUGGCAUAUGGCAACCUUUUGUGACUCUGGCACCUCUGGGUAAUCCACUCAAAGGUCAAGUAAUUCUGCAUGAAGAGCAGAGCAAUGUGGUUUUAUUACUGGACACAAACACUGGUGCCAUACGCCGGCUUUUACUGUCACCAGAUGUGCAAGAGGCUACAAAAAGGAUGUCCUGGUGGAGUAGCAAGGAGGAGGUGAAGAGUCACAAGAUGUGCAAAGAGUUUUCACACAAAAACUGGCUGGUGUUUUACAAAGAGGAAGGAAAUCACCUUAUUGUUCUAGAUGUCCUGGAGGGCCAUGCUCACACCAUCACUCUACCUAUCAACCUCAGCUCUGUCUUUUUAGUCGCUGAAGACCGCUGGCUCCUGGUAGAGAGCAAAACAAACAAAAAGUAUCUUUUAACUAAGCCUGUGCAUAUGGAAUCUGAAGAGAGUGGAGUUUGCCAGUUACAUGCUUUGAAUGAGGAGCCCGUGGACACAGGAUUUGGACUAACCACAGCAUCAGAAUUGUAUAUGCCACAGGCUGUCUCAAGUGACCAGUUGUCUUCAGAAAAUCUAAGUGCAGCGAUUGAGCAGAAGAUCAGCUCUCCCAACAGACUGCUUUCUGACAAGCAUCAUUAUGCUUCUGUUGUUGUCGGCUUUCCAGAUCUCAUGUCCCCUAAUGAGGUUUACAGCUGGAAGAGAGGCUCCGCCCUGGGUAACAGGCAGCCUUUGCCUUCAGAUCCAUUUUAUUAUGGAAGGCGCAGCAAAAGUGGAGCAGCAAAACAAACCAAUUGUGUGACUAUUGCUGGCGCCAAUCAAGUGGUCAGAGUUCUAGCCCCUGGAGAUGUGCCUCUAAAAGAACUUUAUCCUAAAGAUGUCACUCCUCCCCAAGUAGCUGGAUAUUUGGAAAUAACAGAUCUCACAACAAAGAAACUUAAAUAUCUCGCUAUUCCCAGAACAACGUCCCUGACUCCCUAUACAUCAUGGCUGUCAAUGAUUUCAGAAACGGAUGUCCUGAUGGUUUCACUUGGCAAAACUGGUGUGGUUACUGUAGAUAUGGGGGGCAGUGUCAGGCUCUGGGAAACCAGCUUGGAAAGCCUUCAGAGAUCACUCCAGGAAUGGAGAAACAUGAUUGGACAAGAGGAUGGCAGGCCUGUGCAGAUAACUAUCCAGAGAGACAGCGGUUUGGAUGUUAGCUCUCCUAAGCAUGGAAAGAUGGAUCCUGAUAACACACCUCAUGUUGGUGGAAACACAUGGGCUGGUGGGACAGGUGGGAGAGACACUGCUGGUUUGGGUGGCAAAGGAGGGCCAUACCGACUGGAUGCCGGUCACAAGGUGUACCAAGUAUCUCAAGCUGAGAAAGAUGCUGUGCCUGAAGAGGUGAAGAAAGCUGCCAGGGAGAUGGGCGAGAAGGCUUUUAAACAGAGAUUAAAGGAGAUCCAAAUGAGUGAAUAUGAUGCAUCUACAUAUGAAAAGUUCUCUGGAGCUGUUCGAAGGCAAGUUCACUUGCUCCGAAUCAUCCUGGAUAAUCUUCAGGCAAAAGGGAAGGAAAGACAAUGGCUAAGGCACCAGGCAGUUGGAGAACUAGAUGAUGCCAAAAUAAUUGACAGUCUGACCGGUGAGAAAGCCAUCUACAAGCGACGGGGAGAACUUGACCCACAACUUGGGAGCCCUCAGCAGAAGCCCAAACGUCUCCGCCUGGUAGUGGAUGUUUCUGGCAGUAUGUAUCGCUUCAACGGGGUUGAUGGACGGUUGGAGCGUUCCAUGGAAGCUGUCUGCAUGGUUAUGGAAGCUUUUGAGAAUUAUGAGCAGAAAUUAAAGUACGACAUCACUGGACAUUCAGGAGACGGUUUCAACAUUGCCUUGGUCAAUAGUGAUAAUGUUCCGAAGAAUAAUAAACAAAGAUUAGAGAUUUUGAAGACAAUGCAUGCCCAUGCUCAAUUCUGCAUGAGUGGAGAUCAUACUCUGGAAGGCACAGAGCAUGCCAUCCAAGAGAUUGCAAAAGAAGAGGCAGAUGAAUACUUUGUUAUAGUCCUGAGUGAUGCCAACCUUGAGCGGUACGGUAUCCCUCCAGAAAGAUUUGCUCAAGCCUUGACCAUCAAUCCCCAAGUGAAUGCUUUUACCAUAUUCAUAGGAUCAUUGGGAGAUCAAGCUGGCAGGUUGCAAAGGACGCUGCCAGCAGGCCGGUCUUUUAUUGCCAUGGAUACAAAGGAAAUUCCACAGAUUUUACAACAGAUCUUCACCUCCACAAUGCUGUCAAGUGCCUAGGAAGUAUCUGUUCUUAAUAAAUAACUGGACAAUUAAAAAUGGAAAACAACUCUGAAGACCUGGAUGAUGACCUCAUGCCAAGAACUGCAGCUCCGACCACUGUAAUGAUUCUUUAUAUUGAAGUAAACUUAAACUCGAAUGAACAUAUCCCCAGAUUGUUGCUACUCUUGACUACAGAGCUUGGUUUUUUAAAAAAACCCACAGUCAGUUGUCUGAUUACUUAAAUGUUUUCUGUCAAUCGUUUCAUUAUGCAGAAUAUGGAAAGAGCAAAAUGAAAGAUAUUUGCCAUUUUUAGGAAUAAUUAUUUUUAGGAGCUGGUAACUCAAUAGAUUUGUGUCCAUUUCUCUUGUUACUUGUUUGUUUUUUAAAAAAACAAACAAACCAAGGACUCCUUAAGUUGUGCACAGUACAUCAUUUUAUACACAAACCUAACUCAGAGCGAAUGAUUAGAAACUGCAACUGAACCUAUUUUUAGGUCCUGGAAUGACCGCUUUAAAAGCAUAAUAGCAGCCGGUGUUGUUUUUUUCACAGCUGAAAUAUCUGAACUUGAAUAUCUUCAUUUGUAUUAAUGUACACAUCAGACUUAACGAAACAGCCUUCCUUUCUGUUUGCCACAUGCAGUAGAAAUACAGCUUAUUUCACCAUUAACUUACCUAAAAUAAAAAUGCCUUAUCUGUCCACCCAUUUAUAUAACACCCUUCCUCCUCAGGUAGGGUUGCCAUAUGCAAGCUUCCCAGAUCCAGGUAGCCUAAUUUGCAUAUUAUGCCAAUUAUGCCGCAACUAAUUUGCAUUUUUUUAUUUGACAGAUUUGUAUACUUUCCCCUCCUUCUCUGCCCUCCAAUGUGAUCGGAUCCAGAGUAAAAUCCAGGCAAUCCAGGCAGCGCAUUUGAAAUCCGUGUAAAUCCAGGUGGAAUUUAGCAGCCAGGUGGAGGAGCCAAAAUCUGGAGGCUACCUUAAAUUCCGGGGGACAUGGCAACCCUAUCCUCAGGAGUUCAGGGUGGUAUAUGUGGGGUUAUCCCGUUUUAUUUAUACCACAGCCCUGUGAAGUGAAAGAGAAUGAGAGAGUGAGUGAGUAACUUGCCCAGAGUUAGCCAGGAAUCUUUGAAGCUGAGCAGGGCUUUGAACCCAUGCCUUCCUGAUGUAGCUCGAACCAUUAAACCAUACUGACUUAGAAGCAUCCCCCCAUCCCAUCCAGAAAUGCUGGGUGAGUCUCUCCAUUCAGCACAGGGAACUAGGCCUGGUUCGGAAUUUCUCCUCCAUCAUAAUCACUUUUCAUUGCCAUGAUUAUCAUUCUCUUUCCUUUUCUUGGUUGAAAAUGAAGAGCAAAUAUAUCUGUUUUUCUUGGUGCUUCUGGAUAUCAGCUGGGGGACACUCCAUCACUAAGACCUCAAUAGGUGAACUUGGAGGUACCCAUACAGUGCCAGUGACCUCUUGAGAUGCUUGAUCUUUUGGCCUCACUGUAAAAAACAAUUUUUUCUUCCCUCUGUACUCAGAGAAUAUACACCUACACACUGAGGUGACCACUUCAUGCAAUUCGGGUCACUCUAGUCCUAGUCCAACACUCUAACCACUUCACCACACUGGCUUCUGUGGUGCCACCAUUUCUUGAUUGGGGGCUACAUAUUUGCUUUGGGGCUAGAUGGCUGCUUUAAUAAAAGCCCUGCCAUUUGCCACCACUUUUGGCAGAUGAGCAAAUAUUUAGGUGACAUCCAUCCCAAUGUAAAGUUCAAAGCUGUGGCCCUCAAUAUAUUAUAAUUCCAGUGCUCAAUGUUCUCAAUGUUCUGGGAUUCAAAGAGUAAUUACCUUAGGACAAGAAUGCUUAAUCUUGGCCAUCUAGCCAGGUUAAAAUGCAUAAAAUUCAGGCCUGGUCCAAAAUAGCUCAUUUAAGGCAAGCCCAUUCCAAAUCAAGCCUGAGGGAACCUGACCUGUCAUUGGACAAAAUAUACUGUGCUUGAAGACCUUUUCUGCUUAAAUGUGUGAGGGCCACAAAUAUUAGUCUAAUAUAAUGAUUAUAAGACUGUGGGGCAGGUCACCCUUCAGCAGGGGUGGAUGGGUGCACACAGCUUCUGAAAGGCGGUGCUAAAAUUUGAGAAAGGGAUCCUGAAGCAGACAGAGCCUUCCUCCUACCUCUGGCCAAGACAUAAACAAAUACCCCAAAUUAGAGUUGCCAACCCCCCAGAAUUCCAGGUUUCACCGAGAUUUUAAGCAUCUCACCCAGAUUUCUUAGCCCACCUGGAUUUGCCCAGAUUUCAGCUUUCCAAAAAAAAAAAAAGAGCUUUAAAAAAAGCUAAGCUCUAGCCCUUUUAGAAGUCACUAUUCUGCUCAAAAAUUAUUUUCAAGCCAGUUGACAUAAUAUGCAAAUUACGCACCCAGAUUUGGAAAGCCAGAAUAUGGCAACCAUACCCCAAAUGGAAGUACAUCAUUGAUCUAUGUUGAUUUGGUGACAUAUGAUCCUUCAUCUGAUCCCAACCUGACUUGGGAAGAAUUGCUGCUCUUUUUCUGAUAAUUUCCCCCUGCGUAUGGUUAUUAGGAGAGAUCAGAGAUGCCCUAUUUUUACAUUCUCCUUACUCCUGCCUAAAGAUGCAUACACACAGAAAUGGUCCAAAAUGUCUGCAUGCUUGCCUGAGGAACAGAUGGUUAGUACGGGGGGUAGGGGAGGGUGGAAAGUAGAAUAAAUAUAGAGGGGUGGCCCAAGCUUGAAAGGUUUGACAAACACUUGACAGCUAAAGAAUGGGACUAUCGCGUAUUUUCUAGGAUUUCAAUCCUCUCCGCUUCAAUAUAAUUGUUUAUUAUAUUCCAUACAAACCUACCCUGCCAGUAAGAUCAAUGUGAGAGAGACUGCUCUGUGUCCUCUUGCCAUCUUUGGUAUGGCGGAUGAAUAUGCAAAGCAGGGCCCUCUCAGUCAUGGCCCCUACACUGUGGGAUGUCUUUCCCAGAAAGCCCCAUGUAACCUUGUCACACCUUACAUGUUGCUUGUCUGGCAGGUAUAUUGGGCUGGGUAAAAACAGCUGUCAUUUUACUCCAUUGAGAACUGAUAUUUAUGCAUCUUGUUUUUGCUGUGAGUUCCUUGUUCCCCCCCUCAUUAUUUAAUUAUUUUAUUAUUGUGUUUAAGGUGUGUUAGCUAGCUUGGAGGUCUUUGAAACAAAAGGUAAGAGAGAAAUACUGUUAACACACCACGGUCCUGCCAACUGCACUCUUCUCUUAACUCUUGCUGAAUCUGCAUUUACACUGUGGAUUCUAUGCUCUGUUCAAUAUAGCUGCCCAUCAUGACACUUGGAUAAUUGAUAUAAUUGUUUUCCUAUCUGCGUCCUGCACGAUCCUAUCACUGUGCCAUCUGUUGGCCUUUUAAAAUCAAGUAAAGCCUACCAAAAAAACCACAGGGCUCAGUGGGCACCAGGAGUCGAAAUCAACCUGAUGGCACACUUUAUCUGUAAAGCCUCAUCCACAAGCUGGUGAAACUAAACUGAUUACUAACCAGGUCCAACAGAGCGCCAUGGUUGGGCCAUGUCCUGCAGAUUGCCUGAGCCAAGGCAUGAGAACGAAGCAUGCUGGGCUGUGCUUAAGGGGACAGUGCAGUUUAUUUGCUGUGCCUGAAUACAGCGAUCUUGCCUGAAACUGAGACCACUGAAAUAAUUGGGAGCUGUCACUGAAAUGAAUGGUCCUCUGAGGUCCUCUGGUGUGCCUAGUUCAGCUGACUGGCAACCUCUUGAGGCCAGAGAAGUUCUUUGCCAAAUGCAGUGAUAGGCUUCCAUUGCAUGCAAGUUGUUUGUCCUUUAUGCCCUCUCUUUCAGUUAAGUGAGUUAUGCAGGGGGCACCAUGCAUUUAUUUUUACAGCAGUUGCUUUUAUAAACGGGAAUUAUUUUACUAACUCCUACUAGGUGCACAAAUGUGCUGGAAAGAUACCUAUGGUAGCUGAAUGGCUGAGAUGUGGAGACUGCCAUGCUAGAAGGCACAGGUUAUCGCCCCAAGCAUAUGGUGUCCAGUUUCCAACCAUUAUGCUAGGGAGGCCUUCCCAGUGACAAAUGCUGUUCACUGUCAGUGGGAAUGACAUAGAAGUGUGCCCUAUGUUUUCUGUCGGAACAAGAUGUGCUUCCUUUUAGUUCUGUAUAAAUCUUGGGAAACAAAAUUCCACUGGAUGAGAAUAUGUUUGUGUAAAGCCAAACCUCCCCACUCGAGAGAAGCUAGUGGUCUCUGUGGCGCCAACAGAGUAGUAGGGGAAAGGCUCUGUCCGUCUUUGGCAGCCAGGCAGCAAUUCAAAGACAGCUUGUUAAAGAAUGCCAGGAUUCCGCAACUGCUAAAUAAUGUUUUGCUUGUGGCACUUUUGGCUGCUUUGGGUCUGUAGCGGACUGAAACUGCAAAGGGUCUGUGGCAGAGACAAGACACCUUUGUGUCAAAAGGCAUCUGGCAAAGCCCUAGUACAGGGGGAAGAACUGAAAAUUUAGUUACGAAAAUGAAGCAACUAAACCUCAGUCUUUAGAUUGUUACACAAUUGUUCUAGCUAACAAAAGUAACCGAGCAAUCCUGUGCAUGUUUACUCAGAAGCAAAGCUCACUCUGUUCAGUGGAGCUUACUCCUUACAUAAGUGUGCACUGGAUUGCAGAAUUUAUUGGGGAAUUUAUUUUGGAAGUCAGCUUUCCCAGAGGGGCUCUCACUCAGGGCCUGUCUACAAAUGCAGAGAAAUCACAAUGGCGCAGUCCUCCAGGGACUAUACUCCUACAGCAUUCUCCCCAUGUAGAAAAGCUCCUCACACACACACAGGAUCAAUAGGUUAGCCAGGGACUGGGAGCACGCAGACCACAAAGAAAAGACAUCCUGAGAACUGGGACUCUUUCAUAUACUAGAGUCGGGAGAAAUCUUUUUACAGUGUAGAAGAUUAAUUGUAAUUUUACUAGUUUACUAGUAAUAAAUCUAUGUACCCACUUGUGUAUAUUGAAGAUUAAAUAGCAAAAAACAAAUACCAUAAUUUUGGGUAGAAACACCAUGGCGGGUAUGUUUUUAAAAGUUGUUUUCCGCCACUGAAGUGGCAUUUAUUUAAGAAUUGGGGGGGGGGCAGCCAGAAAAGUGCUUCCGACCAUGCAGUGUUUAUGUGAGAUUUCUGGGUGGGAUUUCUGGCGGUGUUUUUGGGGGGGGAAAUGGCGCCCAAACGGCAUAAGAGUUACACUGCUAGUUUCAAGCUGGCAAUUGUGCUAAGAGCUAAACAGAUUGGAAACAGAGCUGCAGCCCAUGAAAAAGUGGAGGAACGCUGCAUUCGUAGGUGGUGGAAAUCAGAAAAGGAUGACCUGGCAAGUAUGCCGAAAUCAAAACAUGCAAGGAGAAGUGGUGUUGAAGCCUGGCCUGAUCUGGAGAAUAACCUUGAUGAGUGGAUUAAAGAGCAGAGAGAAAAUGGAAUGCCAGUCUCUACUGUGAAAAAACACCUACAAGCAAAAUUAAUGGCACAACAAACUUUAAAGGUAGUCCGUGUUGGUGGUAUAGAUUUAUGAGGCGAAAGAAUUUAUCUGUGCGCACUAAAACCAUGGGACAGCAGCUUCUGAAUGACUGACGGGAGGGAAUCAACAUUUUAAAAGUUUGUUGCAAACGCUAUUGAGCAGGGGAAAUUUCUGCAAUUACAAAUAUUAAAUACGGAUGAAGUUACACUGAUGUUUGACUGUCCCCUGAAUAGGACUGUGAAUGAAAAAGGAGGAAAAAACAGUUUCAAUAGUGACAACUGGAAAUGAGAAGACAUCUUUCACGUGCAUAUUAGCCUGCUCCACAAAUGGCAACAAACUAAAACCAAUGCUGAUUUUUAAACGGAAAUCUAUCCCAAAAGGUGAUUUCCCUUCAGAUGUUGUUAUUCGUGCUAAUGAGAAAGGGUGGAUGUGCAAAGAUAAUGUUUGAAUGGCUUGAUGAAAUUUGGCAGAAAAGAAAAGGAGCUUUUCUCCACACACAUGGCAUUUUAAUAAUGGACUCGAUGUGUGCACACUUACUGGGUUCAGUUUAAAAUGAAUGCAAAAAGGUAUCAGCUACACUAGCUGUGAUUCCUGAUGGUUUGACCAAAAUCUUGCAGCCCUUAGAUUUAUCCAUGAACAAAGCAUUUAAAUGUGAAAUGCAAAAGCGUUGGGAAAACUGGAUGAGGAAAGGCCUUCAUACAUUCACAAAGGGUGGGGAAAUGUGCAAAGGACCUACGGUGAGGUCGCAAAAUGGGUUUCAGAAGCAUGGAAAGCUAUUAAAUUUCUAGUUUCACAGAAGCUGGAAUUAUACAAUCUGAAAAUGCUGAAAGCGAUACAACUGACAUUUCACAAGAGGAUGAGAAUGACGAGGAUGAAGACUAACCUGAAAAAUGAGAUGAGACCUUGUUAAACCUCUUUAUUUUGGAAAGCAAUAAUUUGGACUUUGAAGGUUUCCUUUGAUGUGCAAUUUAAAGUUUAUAAUUUUUGGAAUGUGAUGUGCAAAAAAAAAGCAACCAAUGUUUCCUUUGAAGUGCAAUUUAAAGUUUAUAAUGUGAUGUGCUUAUAAGUAAAUAAAAGGAGGUUUCCUAUGAAGUGUAAUGGGAAAUUACUUCUGCAAUGUGAUGUGUUAUAAUAAAAUAAAAAUGUUCAGCA